AUGCCUAUUCUAACUAGUUAUUUUGGUUUUUUACUGGCUGCUUCAACUAUAACCCCAGCUCUAUUUAUUGGUUUAAACAAGAUACGACUUAUUUGA